CAAGCACCUCACACACACAGCUCAUACACUCACACACACACAAACCCUCCUCCAGCCCUACCACCUCCACCAUGGCAGCCUCCACCCUGUCCAUAUGCUCCAGCGACCUGAGCUAUGAAUGUCCAGAGAGCUGCUGCGAGCCCCCCUGCUGUGCCCCCAGCUGCUGUGCCCCGGCCCACCGCCUGACCCUCCUCUGUGCCCCAGUGAGCUGCGAGUCCAGCCCUUGCUGCCAGCCAGCCUGCAGCAACUCCUGCCCAGCCUCGUGCUGCCAGCAGUCUAGCUGCCAGUCCUCCUGCUGCACCUCCUCCCCCUGCCAGCAGGCCUACUGUGAGUCCGUCUGCUGCAGGCCCGUCUGCUGCACACCUGUCUGCUACAGGUCUGCCUGCUGCACACCUGUCUGCUGUACACCUGUCUGCUGUACACCUGUCUGCUGCAGGCCGGUGUGCUGUGAGGCCUCCCCCUGUUUUACCGCCUCAUGUUGCCAGCAGUCUAGCUGCCAGCCCUCCUGCUGCACCUCCUCCCCCUGCCAGCAGGCCUGCUGUGUGCCUGUCUGCUGCACCCCUGUCUGCUGCAGGCCUGUGUGCUGUGAGGCCUCCCCCUGCUCAGCCCCCUCGUCCUGCUGCAGACCCUCUUCCUCCGUUUCCCUCCUCUGCCGCCCCGUGUACCGCCCCGCCUGCUGUGUGCCCAAGUCUUCCUGCCAGCCCAGCUGCUGCCGCCUGGUCUCAUCCGUGUCCCUCCUCUGCCGGCCCGCGUGCUCCCGCCUGGCCUGCUGCAUCCCAACCUCGGCCCCAGAGCCCUGCUGCUGACCUGGCAUGUGUCCCCAGAGCCAGCCGGGCGCAGGUUCCACCUGUGACUUGGUCCUCUGUCCUGACCUGGGCUGGGUGGUUUCCCUCACUCAGGACAGGGUCCCCGAUGUUUCCACUGUCCUGCUGACUGACCUCUCACUCCUGCCCCAGGAACCCCGACUUUAUGGCUCCCUGGGGCUUCUGCCUCCCAGGAGUUGCCUCCAGCUGUCUCUGGGUCACCUGCCCCCCUACCCCUCCAGAUCCUCUAGCUGGGUCACUUGGCUUGGACUUCCAACCAGUCAGCGCCCCAUCAGGCACCUGGAUAAAUAAACUCACGUCAUCACCUGAUUGCUCCCUUCAUGUGAUCUCUGUUGGGUGGGUGCAGGGGUGGAAGGAAACACAGAUUGUGACCUGACACUAGUCUCCUCCAGCCGAGAGCAUUUCUGUUGGGAAGCGAGUGUGUUAGUCA